UUUAAGUUGGACAUUGUUUAGUUAUUCUCUGUAAGAUUAGUAUCCCUGAGAAAUCGUGAUAGAUCAUUCUCGUUCGUGAUUGUGUACAGUUGACCUACAUUUGUUUUCCUAACUAGAAUUUUCCCAUCCCGUGUGAAGCAUUGGUGUAUUGUGUCAUUAUUCUCUCGCUUAAGUUUUCUGACUCUAUACAGGAGGUUCUGACGUUUUUUGACACAACAGACAGGGAUGGCAGAACAGUAUACGUCACAACCUCAGCCUCAACGAUUGUUUCAUCAAGGUUCCUCGGGAGAAGGGAAGGCCAGGCAAAGGCAGCUACUGGGCUCUCGACCCUGGCUCUUCUGACAUGUUUGAACAUGGGAAUUAUCGACGUAGAAAAAGACGGCCGAGACAGAGCACAAAUGCAACCGGCUCCUCUAAGGUCGAGCAAGAUUAUGCAUUGAAGACGGGAAAAUUAUCGCUUCAGAAAGAUGAAUUAAAAGCCAUUAACUAUAGUAAUGAUGCCAAUGACAAUCCAUCACUUACAGAUACUAGUUUACAUUCAGGAAUUCGUGAAGUACGGAACCCAGUGUCAUCUUGCUUUGGAGAGACAUUUCUGGAAUAUAACUAUUUGAACAGUCUCAAGGGCAUCACAAGGAUAUCCAAUGAGUUAAAUAUUCCAGUAGAAACUGACUUCCUGAAAAAUGCCCAGCAAUUUGCAAGAGAAAUUCUAGGAGACACAAGCAUGCAACAGAAGUCAGCAGACACCUCAACACACGUUAAUAUGUUACUGAAUAAAACCGAAGAAUGUGAAAAAUAUAAUUUGUCUGAGAUUACUGAGAGAAGCUUUAAAUACAAAGAUCAACGCUGUCGUCCAUGGUCAGUCCUGAAGCACUUACCUCUCCCUCAAGAACUAAAACCUGAGGAGGUCACCCAUAAGAGUGACUCAAGAGUAGAAAAGAACACAAACUUUAACGCAGAGUGUAUGCAAAUCCAAGCAAAGACUUUCCCAAAAUUUACAGAACUCACUGCGAGCUUUGAAGGCAGUCAAAUGAAUGACAGUGAAAGUACUAAAAGUAAAGUAGUUCUCAGAUCAGCAACUACUGAACUGACCAUUAAGAGACAAGAUCUCACUCUACGUGACUUGCAGAACUCUAGCUCAAGAGGUAAAAGUUUCCUUAUUGAGAACCUUAUAAGUUAGCUUGAAAUAAAAUAAUAUCAAUUUAGAAAUAUGUAUUUAAAAUUUAGUAAUAAGAUUAAACCAGAGCAACUUUCAAAUUAUUAUUAUUAUUAUUCAGGGUGCAUUACUGUUUCUGAAGCUAUAAAAAGGCAAUUUUACUCUAAAACUUCUAUAUAAAGGAAUAAAAAAUGAUGGUCUAUUA